AUGAGACUCUCGUGGACAUUCCUCUUUCUUGGCUGCCUGCUUAGUGGAAGCCAGGUUGUAUCUGAAGAUCCCAGUUACGAAUCAGGCAUUGGAAAUGGAGACAAUGAUGGGUUGAACACAGAACUCCUGAAUACUGAUGGUGACAGUGGAAAACUCCUUGAUUCUAUGACUGUUACUUUACCUGUAAGUGUCCCUGAGGACAUUCAGGACACUGUGGGUGAACUUGAUCAACCUGAGAUGAAUAUUCCAGGCUCCUUGGACACAAGUGACAUUACCAGCCAAUUGACAACAUCUGUCAUCAGCCCAGACAUCCUGGCCCAGGAAGGGCUACUGAGCACUGUUAUCCUCAACAACCAGAAUCUAAUCACAGAGAGGGAAGAACUACAAAUCCUUCUUCUGGGUGGCAGUGUAUCAUUUGGUAUCAAAGAUGAACUCCUGGAGGCAGCAGGGACCAAGGCUCUGGAAGGCCUGGUCUGCAAAGGCUCCCUGGGUGGCCUUUGUGGCCAUGGGAGUCUCUCUGGCAUGAAUGAUGUUCUGAAGACCAUGGAUUCUGAAAAACUCGACAGCUGGCUCAAUGUCACCCACUUUGACAUUGUCCACUUGUCAUGGACAGUCUCUGCCUCAUCCAGUGUUGAACUCAAACUUCAGACCAAGUUGACUAUCAACUUCUCAGGGAUGCUCUCAUUUCUCAGCGGCUCCACAGUGGAUGUGAGCCUCGUGAUCCCCUUGGAAUUGCAACAGACUGAGCCUGGCCAAGUCUCAUUUUCCGUGAAGAACUGCCAGGCAGUGUUCACUAGGAUCAAAGUGAAAACAGGCGUGGUCUCCAAAAUGAUGGAAUCAAUGAUGAAAUGGUCCUUGAACAUCUCCUUGCCCAGAAUAUUGUGCCCAGUGGUCCGAUUCUGGUUCCACAUCAUCAACCAACAGUUGACCAUUCUCAGAAACAUUGCCUCAUUAGCGAUGCUGGGGAGCAACAACGUGCUCAAUACUCCACAACCCUUGCUGUACGAACGCUCUUAUCACAUGGACUUUAAGAACAAAAGCUUCCCGGCUUCUUUCAUCAAUUGGCUGAUUGGAA